GUGGUCUCAUGACCUGCAGGGACUCUGAUCAUGGCUUGGAUCUUGCUUCUUCUGCUGUCAGCAGCAUGUCUGGACACUGGAAACUCAGUAACAUACAACAGAGAAAAUGACUAUGGGGUGAACCAGCCAGCACACCUCUCUGGAGUCCAGGGCGGCUCCAUAAAGAUCCCCUUCUCCUUCGACUUCCCCUGGGAGUUGACCAAGGAUCCACAGAUGAGCAUAGCCUGGAGAUGGAAGCACUUCCGUGGGGAACGUAUCUACAACUCCUCCCUGCGUUUCAUACAUGAGCACUUCAAGGACCGGCUCAUCCUAAACUGGACACAGGGUCAGACAUCUGGAGUCCUCAGAAUCCUGAACUUGAAGGAGACUGACCAGGGUUUAUACUUCUGUAAUUUCUGGCUGAGCACAACAGAAGGCCUGGAGAGAUGGCAGUCUAUUCCUGGAACACAACUCACUGUGACCCAUGGUGAGGAACCAUGGCUCAGGCUUUGA